ACUCCAGUGCUGAAGAAGGGGUGGUAACACGUUGAUGCUGCUGAGUUUCCUCCAGCAGCGGUCGCAGGCGGCUGCCGAACUUGGGCUGAAAUUGCGAGCGCUUCCCUCCCCGGCACUUCGCAGAGAAACUCGGAGAGGCAGCAGGUGAAAUUUAAAAAAAAAAAAAACAAACCAAAAAACAACCAAACACCACUUGAUCAUGGGAAAAUCAGCUUCCAAACAAUUUGCUGAAGAAGUCUUGAAAGCACACAAUGACUACAGGAAGAAACAUGGAGUCCCCCCAUUAAAACUCUGCAAGAAGCUAAACAGAGGAGCCCAACAGUAUGCAGAAGAACUGGCUACCACAAGGGUACUCAAGCACAGCUCUGAGUCUGCCAGUGGAAAAUGUGGAGAAAACCUAGCUUGGGCAUCCUAUGACCAACCAGGAAAGGAUGUGGCUGACAGAUGGUACAGUGAAAUAAAAAACUACAGCUUUCAAAAUCCAGGGUUUUCUUCUGGGACAGGUCACUUCACAGCAAUGGUUUGGAAGAACACAAAAAGGAUGGGAGUCGGAAAAGCAUCUGCUAGUGAUGGCUCAACAUUUGUGGUGGCUAGAUAUGAUCCAGCUGGAAAUGUAGUAAAUCCAGGCUAUUAUGAAGAGAAUGUCCUUCCUCCAAGAAAAUAGUUUGGUGUUUUUUUUUUUUUUCAAACUGUAGUCUUACUGCUUGAUGACAAAUGAACCUGGAUUUGGAUUUAACAGUGUUUGAAAUGAAUUACCAUUGAAUGAAAUUUCCUGUUUGGUACUGCUGUUCACUUCUCAUUACAGAGGAAGCAAUUACUUUUUGCUUCAGGUGAGCUGCAGAUUAGGUCCCUGUUUCUGAGGGGCUUCAGUUUAUGUAAGGAGGAAGUACACGCAGCAUUUCCGAAGGGUAAAAUUUAUGAGGGUUAUUUUUUUCUAAUAGUUUGCAUGAAUUCUGUGUCAGCAUGUGAGUGAUCACAUGUUGGAUGUCUAUUUUUAAAGAGGCAAAUUUAUAGCUUUCUGUAAACUGAAGAUACCAGCUUGUAAUUAUAUCAUGUACUCCCAGUUUCCCAGUAUUUUUUAAUAACUGUAAGUUCUUUGCUCUAUCUAUACCUCCUGCUGCUGUGGGGCUAACUCUCUGCAGAUGGAACAUAUGCAAAGCUUUCUGUAUGAAAGGUACAUGUGUAAAAUGUAGUGGCAUUCAGACCUAUACGGGUGUUUUUUUUAAGAGGAUCUCAUGGAACACUAAAAUGUUGCUGUCAAAAUUGUAUCUGUCAAGCAAGCUAUAUCUUAUGCAUGGCCUGAAAACUACUAAAUUUGUUUAAAUCCUAGCAUUACAUUUUAGGUGCUAAUAUUUCAAAUCUCUUUGAGAUGAGUGUAUUUAAAAUGGAAUCCUCAUUUUACAGUUUACAGUAUGUACUUUGUCUUACAAUCAAAUAGUUUACUUCUGUUACAGGAAAGGAAGACUCUCACUUUCCUUCUAGAUACUUGCUCACAAAGAAAGUUUCUUUGAUGGACCGUGUUGGAUUUUAUUUCUCAACAACUUGUUUUUAUUUCCUGGGGAAUAUCUUCUGCAGGUGUCAUGCUAUAGAGACAAUGACAUUCCCAAAUCAUCUCUUGUCUCCUAUAAUAAUGUCACUGUAGGAGGUAUUCAUGUGGUCAUAAUUCAGAGAUGUGUACUCUUUGUUGACAUCAUUCAAUAAUAAUAAAAAUAUUUUGUGCACUGGAUGGAUGCCUUGAAAAAAUUAAGACUUAAUUUCCUUAAAAGCAACCAAGAAAAAAUUCUGACACCUUUUUUUUUCCUCCUCUGAAAUGCGAAAAGGUCCAUUUUGGUCAGGUUCGUGUACUGUGCUUCAGUUUGAGGUAUUCUUCUCUUUGAAAAUAUUUCUUUUGACUUGGAGAUUCUGUGUGCCGGAAUUUUAUUCAUGAGAGUGCCAUUACAGAAAUACUUUUGUUUACACAGUUGAAAUAAACUGCACUGUUACGGCUUGAUUAUACAUCACUGUGAUGCUGUAUGUUACAAUCUCUUUGCUGUAACCAAGAAUUUAACACAUACAAUGAACUGCCGAAAAUUAAAUAUUUUUUAAUAUGAACUACUUAAGCUUUUGCUGUUACCCGAGUCCUUGCUGAGUAAUCUACAAAUUUGAUUACCAGGACAUUGACAUAUGACAUUACUACUUUUGCAAGAUGGCACAAACGAAGAAGCAAGAAUUCUAGUCCAGGAAAGAAAGAAGAGCCCUUCUAAGGUUUAAUAAAUCAUACCCUUUACACAAAGAUGGAGCUAGCACUUGAAUCUGAAGAUGAAGAGGCGUACUUUCUCUCUCUGUUGAACUCCUGCUUUGUAUCUAUCUCAUUUCAUUUCUGCUGCCCCCUCACUUGGUUGACAUAUUCUGAGUACAGAAUACCCACUCCACUCCUACCUAGAUGUGUGUGUUUCAGUAACUGCAGUCUUGGGGCCUUUCUCUCUUCAACACCACUGGUGAAUGUUGCACCUCUGCACAGGAUAAUGUUUUAUGUGUAUUUAUGACAAUAAAUAUGACUUUCUUUUUU